UUGAAGUAUGAACUUCGACGAAAACGUUUGAGUGCCUGCUAAAGUUUUUAUCUCAAUUUCUUUAAAUUUUACGGCCAUGUGUGGUAAUAUUAGCGAAGUUGCAAGAAAUUCUAGUGAUGAUAUCCACCACUGCAAGUAGUAGAGUGAGAAACCCUAAGGUUACGGAGAAUUCCGAUGCUCCAGAUCGAGAAGAAAUCGGACAAGAAAACACAACGGAUGAUAAGGUCAGAGGUUAUGUUGGUUUAUACGAUGCCUCCUCAUCCUUUGGUGGUCCGAGAGACAUUCGCUUACGGUCACGGGGUCGCGUAUCGGAGUAUCGCCACUCCAGGGGAAUUGGAAGAGGAGGACCUAGGGGCCGCGGUUUCCCGCCACGGGGUGACCGUGAUGAAAAUCCCUUUAAAUAUAACGAACCGUUAGUCAGUAUGAACAAUGACACUUGGUGUCAGGGAAAUAAUAAUAAAUUUUAUGAAAGAUCUGACCUAGUAGUCAAUUUACCAGAAGAUCCUCGCAUAUCUAAACUGUUACGCCGUUUGUGUGCUGAAGUUGAUGUUGAGAAGUCGCUGGUUAUAUGCAGUAAGUUACAAGAUGCUGUCAUGCUGCCAGAAAAUUCAAGGUACAUCAGGCGAUCUUAUGAUAUCCUUGUGGAGUCUUUGUUAGAUGUUUUAUAUGAUGCACCAGGGCCAGAAACAAAAGAAAGUGCUGCUGUAGUUCUUGGGAGAAUUGGAUAUGUAAUGGGCCCAGAUUUUCGCAAACAUUUAGACUGGAUUGCAUCUACAUAUACAGUUCACAACACUUCUAUCAAACAUUUGUUAACUUUGUCAUUUUCUGAAACAUUCCAAUUAGAUUUCCAAACUCCCAAUUUGUCGGAUUUUGCUGAGCUGGCCCUAGAAAGAAUGCAAACAAUAAUUGAAGGCACAGAUUCUUCUGAUGUCUUUAUGGCAGCAAUAAAUUGCAUGAUAGUAAUGUCUAAUUCAUACCCGGAGCACUUUGCCAAUCACUUUGUUGAUACUGUUGACAUACUAGUAGGUUGGCAUGUUGAUAAUGCUCAACCGAAGAAGAUCAAAGAGUUUGCUUUACAAGCUUUAUUCAAACUGAGCCGCCACUGGCAAGCAGAUGUUGGAUUUUCUGUGAAUUUGCUCAACCAGUUCAUAGAAGAUAUGAUGGCAUAUUCAGGCUUGGAUGAUAAGGGAGAGAAAGAGGGUGAAACAAAUUCACAUGAGGAUUGUAUGCAAAAAAUUGCAUCAUUUCUUAAUGUAUUCAAUACUGUGGUAAAAAGUUUGGGUUCUUUGUUAAGUCCAACUGUGUCACAAACAGUGUCGUGGGUGUUCUUAUCUGAUGCCUUAACAAAAAUACUCCAAGUACUGACAGAAGUGUUACAGGAAGAUGCCGAAACUGAAUUGAUACUAGCUGGAAAUGAAUGUAUUUCAUUACUUUUGGGUUUUCUGCAAACAAAAGCAUCAUCAUGCUCCGCUGCAUUGUUUUCCCUUAUAACUAAAGAGGUGGCAAACUAUAUAAAAUCAGGUGAGAGUAUUUGUCUUAGUAUUGUAGAUUUGAUAUCAACUACAAUAAAGGAAAUAUCAUCAAAUUUGCCAAUUGAUUUCAUAGCACAGACUAUUGGACCGGAUUCACUGUUGAAACCUUUACGAUAUUCAGAAAGUGCACAAAUUCUACAGAGUGUAAUGAUGAUUUACAGCAACUUACUUAAUUUAAAAAACAUACCUCUUCUUCAAGAAGCCUAUAAGUUUGUUUUAUCAGAUGUUCAUAAUUCAUUGAGCACAAUAAUACCAGAAAUACAGAUUAUAAAUGUUGAAUACUCUGAGGAAAUGAGCAAAGAUGACGCAGAAAGAAAUAUUGUGUUUUAUCUGCAGUGUUUAUCAGAUUUAGCAAAUGCAAGUAACUCAAUAAUUGGUAUGUGGGCACUGCAACCGAGUAUUUUGGAAUUGUUGGCUAUAAAAAUGUGUCCGCAUAAUGAAAUAUUGACUAAAGAUAGGCCAGCUCUGCAGUACUCUAUUCUGUACCUUUUAUAUUCGCAUUGUAAGAAGAAUAAUCAUUUUAUUGCGUCAAGUGAUCUGGUCACCAAUUCGCAACAGAGAACUAAUGACUUAUUUGGUCUGUCAAAUUUGAGUCUUGGUGAUGUGUCUGGAACAAGUCCUACUUGUGGUCAUUUAGCAGUUAUCUUGCAAACUCUGAGCAUUGUUUUAGAUGAACAUGUAAACAAAGAAACUUUACUGUUAGUAUUGAAUUGGAUAUCAGACAUAUUUUGUCAGCUGGACAAAUAUUUACCGAUUGUGAGUUUAUCAAAAGGAUUUCUAGUUUUAACAACCAAUAUGCUGGCUCUUGCAUAUAAUUUUGAUAGUGACAUUGUUCAUAAAGUUAUUAAAAAUUGUCACUAUCUAUUAAAAAAUAAGAGCUUAACCUGGAAUGUGAUGCUGCUGAAGACAAUGACCUUAAUAUGUCUGCUACAUAUUGAUAAUAAAAAUAGGAUGGUAUCUGAACUGUGUAAGGAUGUACUGUUUCAACUUCCAUGGGAUAUAGUUCAACAGGAAUUGGAUAAACAGACUGUCAAGAUAUUUGCAUGCAGAAAAGUAAAUUUAACAAUGAUUAAUUGCAAUACAAAAGUAAAUUCCCUGAAAGAGUUUCUUGUGAAAGGAUCCUUUUCUCCAUUACCCAACCAUCACUUCAAAUUAAUUAUCAACUGCCUAAUGGGAGUGACCAAUGAAGAUAAAGCAUUCAUAUAUGAUAUUUUUAAUAUGUCAUGGCCUUUACAAUGCCUAGAAGGGGAUGAGCAAAAUCUCCUCUUUUUCCGUUUAUGUGCCACAAAUUUUUCCUCUAUUUGUAUAAGUUGGGCCUUAUCUGAACUUGCUCAAACAUGUAUUUCCCUCAAGUUACGAACUGCAUUAGGAAAGCCACAGGAAACAUUUACUAAGAUUGAGGGUGCUUUAAAAGGGAUAGCACGAGACAUUUCAUUGCCAGAUAACAAGUACAUUGCAACCAAUGAGAAAUCGCUAUUGGAAAUAAUUCUUGCUGAACAAACAAGAGCUCGUUGGGUCAUAGAAUUUAUGAUGUUUUUGGAAAAGUAUACUUACAAUGCUGCAGAAGGAACAGCUUCAGUACUUCCAGCUGUUGCAAAAGCUGUAAAAACAUUUUUCCACACAAAUUGGCCAACAUGCCGUGAAUGGCAAAACAGAGUGAGACCAGCUGCUUUAGCAGUUAGCUUGUAUUCUGGUCAUUUUGGGGCCACAGUUUACCAUGCCUCAUUGAUAUUGGAAAAUGCAGCAAACUCCAAAAGUAAUAUGGACAUUGAAGCAAUUGUUAUAAGUAUAGCAAAGGCAUUGAUAAAAAUGAAAGAGCCUGAAGUUUUAUAUGGGCUUUUUGUGUGGAUUAAAAAGAAAUUUGACUUAAAGUUACCAUGGCUCAAAGGUGCUGCUGAACAAGCAAAUUCUAAAUAUGAAUUAGCUGUUGAACAAUACAGAAAAAUAACUGACGCUAAGGCUACACAAGAAGAACAACCUACAACUUCAAUUUCAAAUGAUUCAAGGCUACACAAAUUUAUAACAGAAAAUAUAUCUGAAAGUUACCGAAACUUACAGAGCUGGGAGGAAAUGAUAGAAUGGAUAGAAUCUGAAAAUGAAAAUUAUGAGGCAUUGAAUUAUGAAAAGUACAAUGUACUGAGAAUGUUUGAAGAUAAUAUUGAGUUAUCUAAUCUUGGUGAUUGGGGUGAUUUUGACAUGGAUACUAAAGAAAUACCAAAACAAGCCUGUUCAUAUCAAGGGUUAAUUAAUAAAAUUGAGUCAGUGUUGACAACUACAGCUGUUAACAUAUUUUACAAUGACUAUGAUGAGAAAUAUGAUAUGCUUUUGAAAGAUUGUGCAAAAGUACUAAAUGCUAGUGCAGAAGAGUUUGCUCGAAACAAUUCUGUAGGAUUCAUGAAAGAAAUAGCAGUUCUUCAGUUGGCAAAUAAUGGAUUACAAAAUUUGAAGAAUGGAAAAAUCAUUACCAAUCCAUUUAAACCCUCUGUUAUCAAAGAACACAAAUAUGGAACUGAAAUGAACAACCUAAAUCGUAUUUUAUGGUGGAAUCAAUAUUUUAUGAAGUUAAAUAUGACUGAAGAGAACGUAUUUUACAAUGAAUGUUUACGACUUGAUGUCAUAAAGAGCGCUAGAAAGAACAUUAAUUUGCAAAUGGCGAAACGAGAAUUGUUAAAGCACUUCAAAAAUAAUCCAUCAUUCCAGCUCUGUUUAAAUAUUAACAGCUUAGAUGAUCUUAGUGAUAUACUAAUGAUGUCUACUAAUACUUAUGAUUUAGAUAUUUGGACGUUAAAUAAUGCCACCGCAUUAACAGAGCUAUGCAAAGUCACAUACGCUAAGGAAGAGACAAAAAUACAUGCUAUAAAUUUGUGCGCCAGCAUAUCCCUUGGAUUUUCACAAAGAUUGGCAAUGGGUGAUCAUAGUUAUGAGUUGCGAGAGAAGGCGACCAGAAUGUUAUUGACAUUAUCGAAAUGGGUGCAGAAUGAAAAUGAAAACGUUUUGGACACUGACUCACCAUUAACAAAAUUAGUGUCAGCUCUGCCAGAAAUUGGUUUAGUUGAUAACAACAUAUCCGAAAACGUUAUACCAAUUUCAGACUCGGCAGUUGGUAAGCUUUUGCAGUUUGGGGUAAACCAAUGCCCUGGUUUAGCAAAAGCUUGGGCAAGUUUCGCAGCGUGGUGCUUUAGAUGGGGACGUAAAAUGGUGGAAUUCAGUUCGAAAACUGGCGAGCAGUUGACGGAUAAUGAUAAAUUGCAAAUAGAAAGUGUUAUGAUUGGUUGUUCACCGCAAGAUUUUGAGGCUGUUUGUGAAAUAUUGUCGAAAACUAAAGCGACAUGCGAUGAGGAGGACAUAGAUUGGAAUGAAAUUAAUACAUCGGAAAUGAUAGAGAACCAGUUGCGCACUGUACCAUCCUUAAACAAUGCCUUCCCAGAACAUUUAGCGCUACUUUUAGAUAUCUGGCGUCAAGCUCAAAAGAGAGUAUUUUCAUACUUUGAAUUAUCUGCUGACGCUUAUUUCAAAUUUUUACAAUUGAUCUGUGCAUCAGAUUUUAUCAAUCACAGUGGUGAAAAUGCAGUCGUUAAUGCUACACUUCGUUUACUUCGAUUAAUAGUGAAACAUGCAAUGGAGUUACAAACAGUACUCGAGUCAGGUUUAGCAAAUACACCUACUCAACCCUGGAAAGUAAUUAUACCUCAAUUGUUCUCUAGGCUCAAUCAUCCAGAAACCUAUGUACGAAAAUGUGUUUCCGACUUGUUGUGUCGACUGGCAGAAGAUACUCCUCAUCUCAUUACUUUCCCUGCUGUAGUUGGUGCUGUUGAAAAUGAACAAAACAGUUUGACUGAAUUGCAUGUACCGAGAUCUUACUUAUCAAAUGAUGAUGCUGAAAGCGAUGACGAUCUCGAAUUGGAAGAUAAUGCAAGUGAUAAAGUUAGUAAUAACGAAUUAAAUUCCUGUUUCUUAGACAUGGUUGAAACCCUAGCUAAGCAAGCUCCGAAAACAAUACUACAAGUAAAAUUAUUGGUCAAGGAAUUACAACGCAUUAAUUUACUAUGGGAUGAAUUAUGUUUGGGGACAUUAGUCCAGCAUCACUCCGAGUUCAAUAAACGACUUUCUCAAUUAGAAAACGAAAUCGCGAAAGUGAAAAAUAAUCAAAACUUGUCUGGAGAAGAAAAAGAAAAACUUAUCAAAGAAAAACAUCGCAUAAUAUUCGAACCUAUUGUGUUUGUGCUAGAACAGCUUCAUCAAAUUACUUCUGCGAAACCUGAGACACCACAUGAAGUGUCAUUCCAAAGCAAAUUUCAAGCUAUUAUAGUAGAUGUCAUCGAUAAAAUGAAGAAUCCUGUAAAUCCUGAUAAGCCACAAGAGUCAUGGGCGCCAUUGAAACAGUUUCAAAUUAGAUUACAACAAAAAGUGAAUAAAAGGACAUCAUACAUUUUGAAAAUGUCGGAUAUAAGUCCUGUAUUGGCAGAAUUAAGAAACACCGUUAUAACAAUGCCCGGACUACAUACAAAUCAAAGAACUGUACGAAUUACUAUCAAAUCAAUCGAAAACAACGUUGCUAUUUUACCGACCAAAACUAGGCCAAAGAAAUUAAUCUUCUACGGGUCAGAUGGAAAGGCUUACACCUACUUAUUCAAAGGUCUGGAAGAUCUUCACUUAGACGAAAGGAUUAUGCAGUUGUUGUCUAUAACGAAUACAAUGCUGGCUCGUGAUUCUGAAAACAACGAUAACCAAACAUACAGAGCUCGACACUAUUCCGUCAUCCCGUUGGGUCCUCGGUCAGGAUUGAUCAGUUGGGUCGACAAUGUAACUCCCUUAUUCGCAUUAUAUAAACGUUGGCAGAACAGAGAAGCCGCUAUUCUAUCAGCUAAAACAAAUAAGACCGUAAAUGUGUUAAGACCGUCUGAGCUCUUCUAUAAAAAGCUGAAUCCGCUUUUAAAAGAGGCGGGCGUAGCGACUGAGAAUAGAAAGGAAUGGCCGGUGUCAAUAUUGAAGCGGGUUUUGGAGGAGCUAUCGGCGGAGACGCCACGCGAUCUCUUGUCGAGGGAAUUGUGGUGCAGCAGCGUGACUCCAGAGCAGUGGUGGCAAAUGACGCGUCGCUACAGUUACUCGGUGGCCGUAAUGAGUACGAUCGGUUAUAUAAUCGGUUUGGGUGAUAGACAUUUGGAUAACGUGCUCGUGGACUUGACGACGGGUGAGGUGGUGCACAUCGACUAUAACGUGUGCUUCGAGAAGGGCAAGACGCUGCGGGUGCCGGAGAAAGUGCCGUUCCGCAUGACGCCCAACUUGGUGGCGGCGCUCGGCGUCACGGGGGUUGAGGGCAUAUUCCGUUUGGCCUGCGAGCACGUGAUCCGCACGAUGCGGCGCGGCCGCGAGACGCUGCUAACGCUGCUAGAAGCGUUCGUAUACGAUCCGCUUGUGGAGUGGGGCGGCGGCAGGCGGCGCCGCGGCGCGAGGCACGUGCGCGCCGCGCGGGCCAUGCUGGCCGUGCGCGUGCAGGAGCUGCGACACGGCGUCACCGAAGUCACGGAACAACUUGUGGGACUAUUACCUGAAGUUAAAAAAUGCGCAGAAAAGUGGCUCGAGGAAAAUGAAGAAUUAAAUAGAGUGGAGACCAAGUUACAAGAAUGUCACAUACAAAUGGUUUUAAUCAAAGAGAUAGAGUCUUACGGCAGUAACCUCGCGAACCAUCCUCUGUAUACAAUUUCUCAGAAAUAUACGUCGUAUAAACAAGCUAAGAAUGCCGUUGAAGAUUCCAUGAAGGCUCUCGUAAAAAUACUGAACGAUUUUGACACUCAAAUAGAGAAUUUUGCGACGACAAAUGAAGUCUUGAAUGGGCCACAGUUGAUGGCGUGGGUACAAGAGUUUUCUGGAACUAACGAAGAUGAUGAUAAACCGAUAUUUGAACACGUUAAAGAAUUUUUGACAAAUGCUGGACAGGGCACAAUGCUGACGCAAUGUGAACAAGCAGAAGUUGAACUAAAGCAAUGUAUGCAGCAGACUAGCGUCCUCAUUCGCUCUUGUCUCGAACUGCUAUCUCAAUACGUCGCAGUCUCACAAUAUUACCCGCAAAGUCAAACGGAAUACCAUCGCAUUGUUAUGUUCCGUAAAUACCUAGCUGCGGCAUUAGAAAGCAAAUCUCCAGAGGUAUGUCGGGAAGUAGCCAAUCAGGUGACCGCUUUGGUCAAUGCAGACACAAGCAGCGGUGAUGCUCAACAAAUCAUUGCAUACAACUAUCGCUUACAGCAACUGACUGCUGAAUCUAAUGUUCACCUCAAUAAAUGCCUCGAAAGAUUGCAGUUGGAGGGUGGAACUGAUGCGAUUGUAAUAGCCCAAGAGGCGUACAAAGAAGCCAAAGCUAACAUCAGCAACUGGGUAAGAACCGAGGAAGGUGCAGCGGGCACUUUGGAAAGUGUAGUCAUUGGAAUGCUAUGCAACUUAAAUAGACGAUACUUGAUGCUCGAAAAUGGUGCUCAAAGCGCGGGCGAUUGUCUCGUAGACUUAACAUCGAGGGAAGGUGAAUGGUUCUUGGAUGAUAUGAGUGCGUUAUCCGUGCAGGCUGUAGAACUAUUAUCACUAUUGCCUCUCCAAUCAGCAUCUGUAGAAGACGCCUCCAUGGCUGUCGCAGUCGAUUGCGUUAGAAAUGCCAAUUUGUUAUUAGCUGAUUUGGUUCAGCUAAAUUACAAUUUCAGCACCAUAAUUCUUCCUGAAGCUCUAAAGAAGAUACAUUCUGAAGACCCGUCGGCAUUGCACAUGAUAAACGAACUGAAUGCCGUGAUAAUGAAUUCGCCAGUUCCUUUGAACGAGAUAUUGGCUCAAUUGGAAGUGCAUUUUAGAUACCUGCUUAUGGAUAUGGAGUCCCCUGCAGCAGGCGCACAGCUACUGGCAGCGGAACUCCGCGCGCGCUACGAAGCGCUCCUCUCGGCGACCUCCGAGGAGGGCCAGUCCGGGGGACGCAUGCUGCUCAUGGGCUUCAACGGGCUCUUCGCGGCCGUGGAGCUGCGGAGCAGGGAGCUGGCGGACCACUUGAGUGCUCCUGUGCCGCAGGCCUGGAGGAAGAUCGAUCAUAUCAAUGAUGCGUUGCAUAUGUCGGCGGCGAUGCAACGCAGCGCUCUACGCAGCGUUCUCGAAGACAUGUUCCUAGUGCGGCGCGUGCAGACGGCCGCUGAAGUGUUCGCACUGUGCGCGCAGCUGGCGGCUGCACACCGCGGUACCGCAGUAGGUGCGGUGGGCGCCGCAGCGAGUGCGGCGGGUGCGGCGGGCGCGGCGGACGUGUCGGCGCUGUGCAAGGGCGUGCGGCGCUUCACGGCGGAGUACGUGUCGCGCUGCGUGCUGGGCGUGCCGUCGCGCGCGCUGGCCUGCGUGCUGUGCCUGCUGCUGCGCCGCAACCGCCUCGACCUGCACGACGAGGUCGAGCAGAAGGAGAUCGGAGCAUCGUGGAGCGUAUCAUUAGAAUCCCUGUGCGACAAAGUGUGCCGCAGCGGCGGGGAGCGCGGCGCGGAACUAGCGGCUCGCUUGGUGGCGGCGCGCGCCCGCGUGCACCGCGCGGCCGCCGCUUUGCGUGCGGUGGAGUGCGCGCGGGCCGCCGCACGGGCCAACCGGCUGAGGGCCGCCGCGCAUACGCAUUUACAUGCUGAGGUCCUAAAGAGUGGGGUUGAAGCGCACGCGGCGGUGUCCCGGCGAGGGGCGGAGCUAGCGGCUGCUGCUGAGCGACUCGCCGCUGCGCUUGCGCGUGCGCAUGCCGCGCUGCAGAAUGCGCACCAGAGAGUGAAGUGGGGCGCGGGCGCGAACCCGAUGCUGCGCGGCGUGGUGGGCGCGCUGGAGGGCGCGUGGGGCGCGGCGCGGGGCCGCGCGGGGCGGCUGCGCGGUGCCGCCGCACAGCUCGCCGCGCACGCGCGCGCAGUGGCCGCGCACCACGCGCCCGCCGCCCCGCGCCCCGCGCGCGCCGCGCGCACCGUGCGCACCGCGCUCGCGCACUGGGAGAAGUCUACUUUGAAGCUGCCAUUGACGUUAUACAAAAGUACAUUCCUACUAAAAGUGAAGCGUUUAGUAAUACGCCCGUGCAGUAUUUACGAUAACAAACCGGUUUUCGCUAUGAGUUUGCAACACACGCCGCCGAGUAUUACAUUUAUAAGCGGCAGCGGUAGCGGAGGCGGAUCAACACCGAAUCUGCGUGGAUACGGCAUGGAGGAAACACAGAAUUCAAAUAUUAACAUAAGAAAAAGAAAGGAGCGCACGUAUGAACAAGAUUUUAAAAAAGACUUAGCGGAUUUUCGUAUUGAAAUCAUGAAUUUUUUCCAAGAAUUUGCCAAAGAUCAAAAUGAAAAUUUAACUAAAUUAAGUCAACAGAUAUCAUGCAUUAGAGAAGAUAUAACUGCCAUAUACUCGAACCACAUAUGA